AUGGCUAUAAAAUUCAAGAGUAAAGUGAGAGUUAAAGAUAGAAUCAGUGACUUACCAGAUGCAAUUCUUUGUCACAUCCUUUCCUUCAUUCCAACAAAAUAUGCUGUGAGGACCAGCACUUUGUCUACAAGAUGGAAGAAAGUGUGGCCGUCUGUUCCCUGCCUAGACUUCUGUCCCAAAGAUUUUGAUUUUUAUGAAAGUUUUCUGAUGUUUGUUAAUCGCUUACUUCUAUAUCGUGGCUCAUCAGACAUUCAAAAGUUCCGACUUCGUUGUCUGAAGGAUGAUCGUCAGUUCCCCCUUAUUGAUGGUUGGAUUUGCACCGCUAUUAUGAGGCAUGUUGUUGAACUUGAUCUUGAUGUUCCAGGAGGUUCCCGAAUUUUCGAGUUGCCUAGAAGCCUUUUCAUCUGCAGAACACUGAGGGUUUUGAAGCUGAUGUCAAGUUUUGCUUUUGAUACCCCAAAGUCAUGGUGUUUGCCUAGUCUCAAGGUGCUUGUUGUUACAGUUGAUCGUCCUGAUAACGAUCCAAUGAGAGAGCUUCUGCCUCACUGCCCCGCGAUUGAAGAUUUGACUAUAAAGGGUUCUGUUGGACAACAUGUUAUUUCAAAUUUUCACAUCUCUGCGCUUCAACUAAAGACUUUAACGAUCAUUUUAGAGACUCGAGAAGAUGAUCAUUUUCCUGUGAAAAAUGCGUGCACUCUUAUUAUUAGAGCCCCGAAACUGGAAAAUUUAGAUAUCGACCAACGUGUUCUGUCACUUUAUCUUCUGGACACUGCAAAAUCUUUUGCCAAGCCACUAUUCAUCUUUCUGACGUAA